CUGAUCGGUACUGAAAAGAGGAACUUGGUAUCGGAAAACGGAAUCAGGAAGUGUCGAAGCAAUAUAACGAGGCAAUGAAGGAUCUUAUGUCCAGUUUCAAUCCUAAUGAGUUUCAGGGGCUUCAAGAAUCGAGGUGAAAGGCGGUUUUGUACGUAUUUAAUUUAGCAUGACAAUGGCAGCUAAUCACCACAGCGGCGAAUAAGUUGAGUGAAAAUUCAAAUUAUCCUUCUUCAGGUAAUUCGAUUUUCUGCUCGUUUAGUGCGCGAUAACGGUCGACUUUAUCUCCGUGGUUUUAAGAACCUCUGAGAAUCAACGGGCCUGUACAUAAUCGUGUAAAAGGUGUCGCGUGGUUGUUGAAUGACUACCUCGACCCACCUGCUGUAACUUAUCGCGUGAAUGACGAAUAAAUCUGAUGCGAAAUCAUUCGCGAUUAUCGCAGAAAAUACGGUGCGUGAUUAAAUGUUUGCGGUGCAAAAAAUGUCAUCGCUGAUUAAUCAAAGGGAGAAUCAGGAAAGGUUUUAUCGAGCGUCUUCCGUUUAUCGUAAACCAAUGUCGAAGGUGAAUAUCUUACACACUUCAUCAGUUCUGGUUAAGCAAUGUUUCGUGUAGCAGUGUUUUUAUUCACCCUUAUUAUCGCGGCCUGUUCCCUCCGACCAGUGAGAAUCGUGGGAGGAACUUCGACCACGAUUUCUAGUCAUCCGUACUUGGUGUCGAUUAUUUACAACAACGAACACGUUUGCGGUGGGUCACUGAUAAGCAGUCGAUGGAUCCUGACUGCUGCGCACUGUAUCGAUGGACUCACCACAAGCCUGUUGAAAGUCCGAGUUGGAAGCACGCACAGAAGCAGCGGAGGCACUUUGAUCACUUCAAUCUCCUCAAUAAUCAUCCACGAGUAUUAUGACGAGGACAGUUACGACUAUGACGUGGGAUUGAUACAGUUGACAUCGACUCUGGCAUUAACCACGACAGUAGCCACGGUCUCUUUGCCAUCGUCGAGCUACACCAUAGAUAUUGGAACCCAGUGCACGGUGGCUGGAUGGGGUAAAACCUCGUACGGAGGCACACUUUCGGAGACUCUACUUUACUUGACCGUUCCAAUCGUCAGCCAGACGUCCUGUUCAGCCACCUAUAUUUACCGGAACACCGUCACCGAUCAGAUGAUCUGCGCUGGCUACACUACCGGCACUAUGGACACUUGUCAGGGCGAUUCCGGAGGGCCACUUGUCUACAACGGUAUCCAGGUCGGGAUCGUUUCCUGGGGAGCGGAAUGCGCGACCGUUGGUUAUCCCGGGGUUUACACGCGAGUCUCUGCGAUCCGGGAAUGGAUCACAAAGCGUGCCGGUAUUUAGGGCUGCCAUCAAUAUUAGGGAAUGUUUGUGUACCUACUCUGUAUCGAAUAUUUGGAAUACACUCGCUACAUUUUCCAAUUAAUGUUA